UACUUAAAGGAUAUUUAAAACGUUUCAUUCUUUUUAUGAUCAGAGCUCGAGUUAGUAAUAUAAAACGUAGCAAUAUGUUUUAUUAUUUUUUAAUUUUAACAGUAUUCUUAUUCUAUCUAAACUUGACCAAAAAUUUCAAUUACUGGAAGAAUAAAGGUGUAUAUUUUAUCAAACCGUACCCUAUUGUUGGAAGCAUUUUGGACGUUUAUUUGUUGAAGAAAAGUCCAUCCCAAAUCGCUGAAUAUUUGUACAAGAAACACCCAAAUGAGAAAGUCGUUGGGGUCUUCCGAUCAUCUCAACCCGUACUCAUAGUCAGUGACCCCACAAUCUUGAAGAGAAUUUUCACCUCGGAUUUCAACUAUUUUUAUGCUCGAGGCAUGAAGAUACACAAUGAAGAGCCACUGUUAAGAAAUCUGUUUUUUGCGGAUGGAGAUUUGUGGCGAUCGUUGCGAAAACGAUUCACGCUGGCUUUUACCGGUGUGAAACUUCGAGGAAUGUAUCCAUUAAUUGAACAAGUUGCUGUUCGUCUCCAAAAGAAAGCGGUUGAAAUAUCUGAGGGAGAGAGGGUUUUUGAUGCUCAAGAGCUAAUGGCUCGCUACACCACGGACAUCAUCGGAAACUGUGGGUUCGGCUUCAACGUGGACUCAUUAAAUGACGACAAUUGCCCUUUCAGGUCACUCAGUAACCGAAUAUUUAAAUUUGGCAUUCGUGAAGGCAUUGUUAUGGUGUUAAAGGAUAAUUUUCCGCGACUUUUCGGUCACUUAAAAUAUCUUCCUGACCUGGAAAAGGAAAUUACUAGUUUGGUGAAAGAAAUCCAGGCAAAACGUAAGUUUAUACCGUCUGGGAGGAAUGAUUUUAUAGAUAUCAUGAUGGGGUGGAAAAAAGACGGCGAUGUGACUUUUAAAUCUAUGGAAAAGACUGACUCUAACGGAGAAGCUACUACAGUUACGUUAGAAAUAACUGAUGAACUUAUGGCUGCUCAGGCGUUCAUAUUCUUAGCUGCUGGGUUCGAUACAUCAUCUUUCAAUGCGAGCUGCACCUUGCAUUACCUUGCUCAUCACCCAGACUAUCAGAUGAAGGUCCAAAGGCAGAUAGACCAAGUGAUGAUGAAACACAACAAUCAAAUAUCUUACGAAGCUAUAAAAGACAUGACCUUUUUGGAGAGUGCUCUCAAAGAGACAUUAAGAAUACUGCCUCCAGUAGCAUUUUUGACGCGUGAGUGUGUUAAGCCGUACACGAUACCAGAAUUAAAUGUGACCAUAGACAAGGGCGUCAUGAUCAUAAUACCAGUACAAGCAUUGCAAAGGGAUCCAAAGUACUUCGACAGACCAGAUGAGUUCAUACCCGAUCGUUUCGUCUCGAAUGACACGAGUUCAUUGGACGCGUAUACAUACUUGCCGUUUGGUGCGGGGCCUCGUAGGUGUGUCGGUGAGCGUUUCGGCCAAAUUCAAUCGAUGGCAGGUUUGGCGGCAAUUCUGUCGAAGUGUUCAGUGGUUCCAGCUCCUGAAUCACGGAGAGAGCCUCUUAUAAGUCCCAUACCAAAUGUCGUACAGAGUCUCCAAGGGGGUCUGCCAUUGAUAUUAAAACGUAGAAAUUAAACGAUCAGAAUAUAGAAAAACAAUUAUAAUUUCAUCCCUAAAAGAGUUACUAGGUUUAACGAUGUAAUCGUCUUUUUUUAAUUUUCUUAUUUAAUUUCCUC